AUGGAUGGUGAGGAUGAGACGAAGAAAUCAUACACUGAUAUGAUAGCUACAACUUUCAACAAUCCAUUAUUGUCAUUCAAAGAUGACAAGCCUGUCAUUGUAGUCACACAUGGAGAUUUACUGUCACUUUGUGAUCGUGUGAGAGUACGUGUCCAUUUGGGUAUGUUGUUGGGUGUUCCUCCAACAACACAAAUUUUUGACAUACCAGAAAGCAAUGAUUCAGCAGUUGCAUUGACAAUAGUCGACAUGUUACGCUAUAGCCUUGAGCAUGCAGACAGAAACCUUCCUGGCAAUGAUCGGUUAACGGAGAAGACUUUGAACUUGGACCUAUAUUCCAGCGAUAUGAAACUUCGGGGAUACUUUGUCAAUUUGUUAUUUGCAUGGCUUCUUUAG